AUGCCGCCGCGCUUCCUGCCGUGCUCUGCUGGCUCCACUCAGCCACGUUCACCGCCGCCUUUCAUGUUCACCAACUUCCAGCCACAUUCGAGCAAUGCGUCGAUCGAAGGGGCGAACACGUCUUCGAUUCUGAAGGAGCUCCCUUCAGAGGUGCUGAUACCGACGCUCCUCCUCUUGGUGAUGUCUAGUGUUACGGUGACGGCCGUGAACACCGUCUUCAACAUCUUUGCCUAUCAGGAUCGCAUGGUGAUGGAGACCUUCCAGCAGUGGCGCCGCGUGCUGUGGAUGAGCAAGGCGGCUCACAUUGUGGAGGCGCCAUCUGCCGAGCAGGCGCACCGCAUGACGCAGACGCACCAUGUGGCUGCCGUGACGGCGAGAACGACCACACCUGUAAUGUCGUCCGUGGAGCUGUACGACAGCGCCGCCUUCUUCCGCGGCAUUGCCGCGCCCACAUGCCCGGCGGCGUCUUCGACCGGUGCCGCGGCAUCUUUUGCGACGGAUGUCGUCUUGGUUGGUGGGGCGAGCGGUUAUUCAGACACACCCUCCCUGAGCACGACGUCAACGACACCGUGCGCCGGCGACGCGGAGGUAAUCGCAGAAGCGGAGGUGUACCAUGAGGAGAACCCCCCUGCGGCGGUGCCUGCGCCUGUCGUUGCGGAGGCCCUCACGAACACCAUGGAGGCGGUGCGGCGAGAGAGCCAGCGCGUCAUCUUCGAGUUUCACCCAUACUACAUUAUCCUCUGCACCGCCAAAGCGUUCACGAUGCUCAUUUAUAUUCAGUACCAUUUUGGCGGAAUCCACGGCGGCUGGCGCCGCUUCUGCGUCUGCGGUGCGGCGAACAUGUUCUCCGGCCUUCUUACCUCCGUCUGGGAGUACGCCAUGAUGGUGCUCCUCCCGCUGGACCUCGACCGCGCCACACCGGUGGUGGUGAAGGAAGAGGAAAAAGCGGACUCUGUCUUUAUCGUGGAGCUGCUGUUGCGCAUCAGCGCCCUUGAGUUGAAUGACUUGCCGACAGUUCUGAUGCAAGGCACCACCUUCGUGGCGUUCGCCGCGGUGCUGGUGCCGCUCCUGGGCGCCUUUUGCUCCUCCGGUCUUGUUCGGUACAUGUGGAUUUACGUGCCCCUCUGGCUCGUCUACUUUGUCGUGCGCCAUAUCUACUACCAAGGUGCCGGCUCACUCCCCUCUCCCACGGCGCGCAACGCAGCGGUCAUCGUGGGGAUGACGAACGAGAUGCUGAAGGCGUUCUUGAUGAAGGCGCUGACAGUAUUUGUGCUGCUCUUCACGAUGCAGUCCAGCUUCUUGCUUGGUCUGGCGUGGACGGAGGGGGCGUCGUACGAUGAGGGACUGCAGUACAUGGCAUUCCACGAGUUUGGCUUCCACGCCGGCGCCUUUGCCUCUUCGUUUCAGAAGGUGUGUUUGCUGAACCAGCUAUUCCUGUGA